CUACUGCUCUACGUAAUGUUACAAUACAAGCUCCCGCCGAUAAGCUCGGUGACCCCAAAAUCUGGGCAUCCAGCCAUGCAUGUGCUUCUGCUGCUGCGACUUCACUUGUGACCUCACUCUUUCCUUUCUCCACACACACCACCCCCCUUGGAGAUGCUCCUUCUACUUGAUUUGACUUGACCACAGCAGAAGAGUCCUCGUUGAUGGAUCGUCAUGGAUGAUACUAUCGCAGAACCCAUCGUCAAUCGCGAUGAGCCUAUACCUGUCAUAUUCUCCGACAAGCAGAAACAUGAUACCAAGCAUCCGCGAGCUCGGGGGCACAAGCAAUCAGUCUCGGGGGUUGGGCGGUCUCUGCAGGACAGGCUAUUCUCCAAAAUUCUGGAGCAGGUAGUGCCUACAGAAGAUGCCGAUAAGGAACCGUUGUCAGGCGGCGACAAGUCUCUCGCCGCAGACCCCAAGCGGCCAGCCUUCAGCCUACCUCUCAUGGCAAACAAUUUUCGCAGGUUCAAUGCAAGAAUUGGAAUUGUCUUUACGUUUCAAAUCCAGGUUGAGCGUCUGUUCAGCUGGAAAAAAGCCUCCCACACGCUUUCGUUCCUCUUCAUCUAUUCGUUCAUCUGUCUGAACCCACACCUCUUCGUACUGAUUCCGAUCUCCAUUCUUCUAUUCUUCAUCAUGGUGCCUGCAUUUCUUGCGCGACACCCUCCCCCUCCUUCAACGUCAACCUCAAGUAUCAUGCCUUACUACUCUUACGAUGGCCCGGCACUGGCACCUGCGAAAACCAUCAAGCCAGCCUCAGAGACCUCGAAGGACUUCUUCGUGAAUAUGCGGGACUUGCAGAAUUGCAUGGCGGACUUCUCCGACGCCCACGACGCCAUGGUCUCCGCCUUUGCACCUGUGACCAAUUUCUCCGACGAGAAGCUUUCGUCAGCGGUUUUCUUACUGUGCCUGCUCGUUGCCGCUCUUUUGUUCUUGACUGCCCAUCUUGUUCCUUGGCGCUUGGUCUUCCUGGCUGGCGGUAAUCUAGCUAUAUUCUCCCUGCACCCUCGUUUUCACCAUUUUGUCCAGGCUAUCACAGCGGACCUCUCACAGCAACCUGCGGGAACGGAAUCCAUGGCCGAAAAGCAACUCAGGAGCGCGGCAAACGCUGCUGGGGUUCCACUACCCGCUUCCUCCUCUAGUGCCAUGUCCUUGAUGAGAUCAUUGGCUAAUAUCUCUCUGGAUUCUGACACUGAAGAACGCGAGGUCGAAAUCUUUGAGAUUCAGUAUCGGUCCCUGGCACCAUAUGCCGAAUCUCAGUGGGACCAUUUCCUGUUCAGUCCGAUGCCAUACGACCCACUCUCGCCACUUCGCAUCGCAGGCGACCGUCCCAAAGGGUGCCGGUUUUUCGAGGACGUCCAACCUCCAAGCGGUUGGGCAUGGAAGAGCAAAAAGUGGGAGCUGGAUCUAGACUGUCGCGAGUGGGUGGUCGAGCGCAUGAUCACGGGGGUUGGCUUCGAGGUACCGGGGGGCGCUUCUGAAGACCAAACAGCCGGUGGAGAGAUCGGGGGCUGGGUCUGGGAUCUGCCUCCUGCUUUUGUCGCGGAUGACAACACAGCCAGUGAUAGAAAAGCUUCUGCCAAGAAGGGUAAGGAACGUGCCUCGCACGAUUAUGAAGAAAGAGGUAAUACCGGAGGAAUGGGUGAGUGGAGAAGGCGGCGCUGGGUUCGCGUGGUACACAGAACUAGUAUGCCGGCUGGUCAGCAACAGACGACAAAUGAUGAGACAAAUCACGUAAGAAGUUGCGGCUGUGGCAGUGCUCAUGGCAGUAGCAACCUGGAUGGCUUACUACUUCCUCUAAGUGCCUUGUGUUACCAAAACCCAGUCUUUAGGUGGUCAAUUCUGAUGCUGAUAGACAUGAAUGAUGGAGAUGCUAGUUCCUGUCAUUGGCUGUGGGACUCUCCCCAUGCGCGGCCGUCGCUCUGUGCCUUGGAGUACCUCUCUCUUGCACCAGCGAUCGUUAUUUUGAUCAUUGCACUGAGCCACUUACUAUCACAUGGAGCUUCGAUAAGAUGCCCAAAAUGGAUGAAUACCUUCAUUCAGGAGCAGCCAGCAUUGAUAGAGCUGCCCAUAGAACGGCCACCGCAGCGGGUUGGCUGGGUUGUAGCCCUGUUCGCCAUCUCGAUGAUUGGAUUCCUAGCUGAACUGAUCAGUGUUAUCCUCGGCGGGCCUUUGAUAAGCACCGCACUCCCUGUCUCCUGGGCUGUGGCUGCUGCCAUGGUUGCAGUGCUGCGCCCGAGAUCGUGCCCUACAUCCCUGCUUUCCUUUUUUCUGAGUGCAUUGGUGGUUGAGUCCGCAUAUCUCAUCAAUGAUGAUGUGUAUAAUGUCUCUAGACUCUUCACACGCCAUGUGGCUGCUGCUGCUGCUUUGGCCGGCUGUACGGUCAUCCUUGCAAUGCCCUUUCGCCGCCAUAGUCUUCCGCAGGACGACAUCAGCGCCGUUGGUCAAGUGCCAUCCAGCGACUUGCGCAGCCCAGAGGACAACUUGCGACUUUGGCAGUUUCUGAGCGUGUCUUGGAUGGCUCCAUUAAUUUCUGUAGGCAAGAACAAACAAUUGCAGGAGGAAGAUGUGUGGUUUCUGGGGUACGAGUUUCAGCAUCGCAGACUGCACGAGAAGUUCCGGCAAUUGAAAGGAUCCGUGCUGGGAAGGCUACUUCAAGCGAAUGGAAUUGACGUGCUAAUAAUAACGACAAUCUCCAUCGUGCAGAUGUUUUGUGAUUUCUCGACCCCUGUCUUGCUCCAGCAAUUGUUGCAGGCGAUGAAGGAUCGAGGCACAUCCAAUAGACCGGCCUUGACCUAUGCAUUGCUGAGUCUGAUGCUUCGCCUGGUGCUAGCGCAGGCCCAGGUUCUCAAUCUGUGGUACGGGAGACGUGCCUACGAACGGAGUAGAGGCGAGAUGAUCAUGAUGGUUUAUGAGAAGGCACUUUCGAGAAAGAACGUCUUUGAUCAGGAGAUAAGCGAGAAGGAAGAUGGAUCCGAGCCCUCCGAAGAAACGGAUGAUGAUACAGAAUCGGAUCGCCAAUCAAAGAGGUGGUGGUGGCCCUUCUCGCGCUCCAAGAGGGUAACGCGCAAGGAGAAGAUUAAGAAAACAGCGUCCAUGGGCAAAAUCUUCAAUCUAUUACGUGGAGACGUCUACGAAGUCGCGCAGAGAUUCUGGGAAAUUGACUCCCUGAUUGACAAACCGCUGGGGCUUAUCAUUGCGACCGUUCUCGUCUGGAAGCUUCUCGGCCCGUCAUGCUUCUUGGGAGUUAUAGCCAUUCUGGUUGCCCAAACGCUUAACGCGUUCAUCACUCGUACGCUUCUUCGUUGGGAACGUGUACGUCGCCUAGCAACAGAUACCCGGCUUCAGAUAUCUUCUCAAUUUGUUGAGGCUCUGCGACAUUUGCGUUGGUAUGGUUGGCAGAACCAUUGGCUCCGUCAGGUAAUGGACGCCAGACAGUCCGAGUUGAACCUGCGAAUUGUCACUAGUCUUUGGAAUGUGCUGAUUCGCUUCAUCAACACCCUUGCUAGUGGGCUGUUCCCUGUGGUCGCAUUAUACGCUUACACCUUCUUGGCUGGAAACCCGCUGCGCAUCGAUAUCAUCUUUCCUGCUCUUCAGCUGUUUACAAUGUUGGAAACCCGACUGAGGGAUAUCCCGAGUCUCAUCACUGUGCUCAUAAACGCCUCGAUCGCUAUGGAGAGAAUCGAGGACUUCAUGGCAGAGCCUGAUAAAGAGAACACGCCACUUGCUGCUGACUGCGCCUCUCUCAUCAAACUGGAAUCAUGUACCUUUGCCUGGCCCGGGAAAUUAUCACCUGUGCUUGCCAAUCUCAACCUUGACGUGCCUCAAGGUCUGACCGUUGUCCACGGUAAGGUGGGAUCUGGCAAGACAGCUUUGCUCCAAGCCCUACUGGGCGAGCUGGAUAGACUGGAAGGAAUCUCCCAUCUCCCAAAUGAAAUGGUCGGGUUCUGUGCUCAGACCCCGUGGCUGCAGAGCAUGAGUAUCAGGGACAACAUUCUGUUCUCGUCGCCGUUUGAUGAGCAGCGUUACAAGCUGGUGCUAGAUGCCUGUGCACUUAUACCGGAUCUCUCCAACUUCAAGCAUGGUGACCUGUCUUUUGUGGGCGAGAAUGGAAUAGGUCUCUCUGGGGGUCAGAAGGCACGGGUGGCUCUGGCACGGGCAAUGUAUAGCUCGGCUAGGAUACUGCUACUUGACGACCCUCUUUCAGCCUUAGACCAUAAUACAGCAGAGACAGUUGUUCAUAAAUGUUUCUUGGGUCCGCUAAUGCGCAACCGGGCUGUGGUACUUGUCACUCACAGAACCCACCUAGUCCGUGAAAUUGCUGACCAAAUUGUUCGCAUCGAAAAUGGGAAGGCCACGGUAGAAAUUAACCAGAAUGUGUCGUCUCAUGGCAGCGAUGACCAGGAAAGCGCUCCGUCAGAAAGCACAGAAACUGCCAACGAGGGUGAAGUUGCUCUUGAAGAUGCCUCUGCUGCAAUUCCCUCGAAAUUCAUAGAAGAAGAACAUAGAGCAGAAUGGGGAGUGCAGGCACGAGUAUAUUGGAAGUACAUCCAAGCUGGCAAAUACCGCUGGUGGCUCGCCCUCUUUGCGGUAUUGACAAUCUAUCGCCUGUCUUCCGUUGGCCAGUCAUGGUUUCUCAAGGAGUGGGGAGAGGCAUACAAGCAGGUACUCUUGUUCUUCGGACAAUCGAACCUCAACCGUGUGUCUUCCAGUGCGGAACUAACUACCGCCUCGACGAUGGCAAACAACAUCCACUGGGCGCCGCGGGACCCAUUUGGUGGCUUCCCCGCGCCAGAAGAGAAUGUGAAACCCUGGUUGGUAGCAUUUUUGCUCAUUACCAGCUUUCAGUCCCUGAUGCUUCUGCUCGCACAGCUUCUGAUGUUGGUGAUCGUCUAUUGCGCCGGCCGAACGCUGUUCGAGGAGGUGAUGGAACGAGUGAGCAACGCCACGUUCCGAUUCUUCGAUGUCACGCCCGUGGGUCGCCUGAUGAAUCGACUUACUUCUGACAUUGGAGUGGUCGACGGGAACAUCAGCGAACAGUUCCAAAUGAUCGCAUUCCAAGCCAUCACCUGGGUGUCCUCGAUCGCCGUGAUCGCAACUGUGACUCCCACAUUCCUCGGGUUUUCGCUCCUGCUCACCGCGGCCUUUGUUCUCAUCUUCCGACGAUUCCUCCCCACCUCGCAGAGCUUGCGACGUCUGGAGAUGGUAUCGCUGAGUCCACUAAUCUCCAACUUCGGUGAACUGCUUCAUGGCCUAACCACCGUGCGCGCCUUCCACGCUGAAAGCCGCUUCCAGGACCGCGUCAUCGCCGUCGUCGACAAGUUCCAGGGCAUGGACCAUUUCUACUGGUCACUGCAAAGCUGGCUCAUGUACCGGUUUGAGAGCCUUUCCGCGGUCUCGACCUUCUGCCUUACCGUCCUCGCUCUCUACACCAGCGUCAGCCCCGGCCUAGCAGCCUUCGUCCUGAUCGCGGCCAACAACUUUGUCACCAGCACCCAUGCCCUGUGCAAGCAGUACGGCCAGCUCCAAAUGGACUUUGUAUCGGUCGAGCGAGUGGACGAACUGCUGCACGUGGAGCAAGAACCCCUCGGCACAAUCGAUCCUCCGGCCUCGUGGCCCAAAUUCGGCCAGGACAUCGUCUUCGAGGACGUGACGAUCCGCUACGCGCCGCACCUCGACCCCUCCCUUCGCAACAUCUCCCUGCGCAUCCCCGGCGGCUCCACAACGGCCAUCAUUGGGCGCACCGGCAGCGGCAAGUCCACGCUGGCCGUCGCUAUGCUCAGCGUCGUGCGGCCCGAAUCCGGGCGCAUCCUCGUCGACGGCCUGGACAUCGCGCAGGUCACAACGCAAGCGCUGCGGUCCCGCGUCACGUUCGUCGCGCAGGACCCUGUCCUCUUCCCCGGGAGCAUUCGGCUCAACCUCGAUCCGACGGGGGAGUACUCCGACGCCGAUUGCGCCGAGGUGCUCAAGCGCGUCUGCAGCCGCCACGGCUGGAGUCUCGAGACGCCCGUGGAAGCCGGAGGCCGCAAUCUGAGCCAGGGCGAGCGGCAGCUGAUUGGGCUCACGCGAGCGGUGCUGCGGCGCAGUCCCAUCGUCAUCCUGGAUGAAGCGACGGCGUCUAUCGACCAUGAAAGCUCGUUGGAGAUCCAGCAGAUUCUACGUGAGGAGAUGAGGGAGUCGACGGUGGUGACCAUUGCGCAUCGGCUGGAAGCGAUCAAGGAUGCGGAGUAUUAUAUUGUAUUGGAUAAAGGAGGGGUUUUGGAGCAGGGAUAUGUUCGGGAUAUGUGAGGUGGAAUCAUGGUGAAGGGAUCCGCCUUUUCUACCACGAAGCAUUUCCUAUAGCUAGACCGAUAGAAAAG